CAAAUAAAUUACAGAACAUUUAUUUUGAUCCUUUUGAUCUAUUAGAGAUAGAUUUAUUGAAUAAGAAUGUGAAAAUUUUCGAUUAUUCACAAUUUAAUGACAUGAAAUUCAUUGGAAGAGGGGGGUUCGGAGAUGUGUAUUCAGCUACUUAUCAAAAAACAAA